AGUUGCUUUAGCGCGGACGUACGUCAUGGCAUCGCCCCAUCAGAAGCGGGGAUUGUUCGGCACUCCCGCGCCUCAAAUGGAACACUCCACCAGAAUAAUUAAGCGCACCUGUGUCAUUGCGUCACAAUCACCGCCAACUCGAAACGAUAAAGGUGGCGGAGUGUUCCAUUCGGCUUGUGGGGGGUGGUGGUGGUGGGCGCGUUUGCGGUCUUUGUGUUUUACUCUCACAUGUGUAAUCAUUGUAGGGUUCCAAAUCGUACCCCGUACGCUUGGCAGCAGCUCACGUUCGCUGCACGCUCCCCGUAGCGGCCCCCAUAGCGCGCGACCGAGGGACUGCGUGCACCGGCGAGGCGCCGUGCUCCGACACUCCGAGCCGAUGGGGUCCGCUAUAUCAGCACGCCGCUCGGCAGUGGGCCCGACCUCUCGGAAGGGUGGUGGUCAGGCGACGGUGACUGUCAGGGAGCCCUCCUCCACCUCAUCCAUGCCCGCGUCCCGCGGCCGCGAUCCUGGGAAUCUUCAUGAGCGCGCAGUCGCUAAGGAACACUACGAUGCUGAAGGAAGGAGGCCUCUGGAACGAUUUCGACGCACUCAAUCACACAGCUCCAUCAGGGGGCCGAGCGCCCAGCAGGAGAAGGGAGCAACGAAGCAACAGCAGCAGCACCUGCUGGUGCCCGGGGGAGGGGAGUGGGGCGCAGCGGGGGGCGACCGGGGCCACGGGGGUGGCCGGGCGGAUGACCGCGACCCGGCCCAGGUGCUGGCUGAGGAGCCGCCACCCUGCGACAGCCCCGAGGCUCUGGAGAGAGCGGCUGUCAGACUGCGAUGCCUCCUCAAGCAGCUGGAGCGAGGGGAACUUCCCGUCGCCGACCUCAAGAAGAACCUGGAUUACGCCGCGUCCGUGCUCGAGGCUGUCUAUAUGGAGGACAACAGGCGUCUCCUGGACCCUGAGGAUGAACUGGGAGACCUGGGCUCAGAGGCGGUGCCGACGCAGGUGCGCGACUGGCUGGCCUCCACCUUCACGAGCCACAUGGGGCUGGUGAAUCGAAGGCCGGAGGACAAGCCCAGCUUCCGCAGCAUUGUUCACGCCGUACAAGCUGGCAUCUUUGUCGAGAGGAUGUACCGCCGCUCCUCCAGCAUGACGGGGCUGAGUUACCCACCGGGAGUCAUCUCAGUGCUGAAGGACGUGGACAAGUGGUCGUUUGACAUUUUUGCCCUGAACGAGGCGAGCGGGGAACACGCGCUCAAGUUCACCUUGUACGAGACGCUCACCCGAUACGACCUCAUCGCACGGUUCAAGAUUCCCAUCUCCUCGCUGGUGUCAUUUGCGGAUGCGCUCGAGGCGGGAUACAGCAAAUACAAGAACCCCUACCACAACCUCAUGCAUGCCGCCGACGUCACGCAGACGGUGCACUUCCUCCUGCUCAAAACCGGCUUCAUGCACUGGCUGAACGAGUUGGAGAUCUUCGCCAUGCUGUUUGCGGCAGCCAUUCAUGACCUGGAGCACACGGGAACCACGAACAACUUCCACAUCCAGACCCGGUCCGAUGUGGCCAUCCUGUACAACGACCGCUCGGUGAUGGAGAAUCACCACGUGAGCACCGCGUACCGCAUCAUGCAGGCCGAUGAGGAUGCCAACAUCCUCAUCAACCUCAGCAAGGAUGACUGGAGGGAGCUGCGGGCUCUGGUGGUGGAGAUGGUUCUGGCAACUGACAUGUCCUGCCACUUCCAGCAGAUCAAGGCCAUGAAGACCACGCUACAGCAGCCAGACAGCGUCAUCGAUAAGCCCAAGGCGAUGUCCCUGAUCGUGCACACGUCCGACAUCAGCCACCCGGCAAAGGAGUGGCGGCUCCACCGCCGCUGGACCGAGUCCCUCCUGGAGGAGUUCUUCCAGCAGGGAGACCGCGAGGAGGAGCUGGGCCUGCCCUUCUCUCCGCUGUGUGACCGCAAAUCCACCAUGGUACCGCAGUCACAAGUCGGCUUCAUCGACUUUAUCGUGGAGCCCACGCUGUCGGUGCUCACGGACAUGGUGGAGGGCAUCGUGGCGCCGCUCGUCAAGGAGGCUGUGCGCGCCGCGUCCAGCGCCAAGCGCCGCUCGAGUGUCGGGGGCAUGGAGGUGAGCCAGAGAGGCGGUAAAGCCAGCCCCGCCCCGGGCUCCGUGCUGUCCGUCGACAUCGCGUACUUCGGAGCGGCGUGGCGCGAGUGCAUUGUCUACAACAAGGAGCGCUGGAAACAGCUCGACAUCAUAGACCAACGCCUCAAAAAGGGACUGUCGGUCGAUAAAGCGGCGGACGAGGAGGACAUGGCGGCUGCCAAGCCCAGCGAGACGAAGCCAGAGCCACCGGAGGAGGAACAACCGGUCAUAGUCAUGACCCCACGGAGACGAGCCAGAGCGCCCCUUUCCCGGAACGGGAGUCGAAGCCGCGUGGGCAGCGGGAGGUCGGUGGGCAUGGGAGAGAAGGCGACCAAUGGGAAGACCAACGGCAGCUUCAGCAGCACGGACGACGGCGAUCCCCGGACCAUGACGCCCGGUAGCGACUCGGGGAACUUCGCCGCGAUCGAUGACAGCCCAGAGGGGAGCAGCAAGGGACAGAACGGAUCGUCUCCAUCGCAACGGCAGCUCCCGUUGGAGGAACAAAAACAGGUGGAGGAAGCCUCGGUCGGCGUCGUGGGCCUCAAGUUCAUGGGGGAUGACAGUGACCGGCCCCCGUACUGCGCCAGUUACCACACCAGCCCAAGCCCCCCGGACACGACGCGUCGGUCCGGCAGCACGGACGCCCGCACCAAAGCGCGCAGGCUACGUCGCCUCAGCAUGAGGGCCAACGUGCUGCGCUAGCCGAUGCAGCGCGUUCCGUUUUCUCGUCACCGUCACUCCACUGGUCCUGGCUCCUUGGAGGCGACGUGGAAGCGAUGGUGUCUGGUGUGGACAGCUGCCCCCUCUACCCACCAGGGGGAAGGAACAGGAGCUGGGAUUGCGGUGGCGGCGGUGGUGCUGGUGGUGGAGGCAGCUGCCGCUUCAGAAUGGAAACUUACGAUUGAAGACUUCCGUUCCGCUAUGCCGCUUCAAUGUUUACAGGACGAGACAUUUUGUGUUCUUAAGACAGAACCAAAGCUUCAGAAUAAAAAAAUAUAUAUUAUAUUGUAAGCAAAUUAAAUGAAAACAAAAAACGUCUUUUUUUUCUUCUGAUUCUCAGAGAAUGUAGGAACCGAGGUAGAUUAAGCAUACGAGUAGAUAUUGGGGUCUAAUUUUCCUCACUUGACCUCCAGAGGCCAAGGAACGAGGGGCAAAAUUAAGAGCGAGAUUAUGGUCCGGUGUCUCCACUUUGAAAUUCGCCGCCACAGACCGCACGGAGGAGCACGGACGCGGAGUUGGUAUAAACAGAACGACCCCAUCGCACGUCGGGCGCCAAUUGUGCUAUUCAGUCCCACACCCUUGUUGCCUUGCCCCAGCUGUUCACAGUCGGGCGGAGAGAGGACCCUCCUGUGCACUCCGGCGUUGGCCGAGCGACCGUACAAAUCGAACCGUCCGCUGCGCGGCCGACUGCUCGAAUCCGAAGGCCACGUAGUGGCACAGUAAGACUCUUUGCCGUACCUUUGUUGCCUAUCGCUCAAAGCCGUGGACGUUGAGGCAGAGAGCCUCAGAGGCGGACCACUGAACCCCCCCCCUCCACCUUUAUUUACUGUUCUUAAGAAAACGCAGGAAACAAAAGUUGUAUUUUAUUGCUUCGACUUACAAAUUCAGGCUUACUUUUUCAUGGCAGCAGCAUUUCGAUUUUGUUAAAAAAAAACACCAGUAAGGGUAUGUCUGUGGAAAGCACGCCAAUCCUCACAGGGUGUAAACUCUGCGGUGGCUCUUCAGUGCCUGCAUCUCUUGAGCGUUGUGGCUGCGAUUACACCUCCCCGUGCACAUCGGGGUAGGGGGCAGUGCUGUACCGCACAGUUGGACUUGGCCGCCUAAAUCCGCGUUUGGUGUGAAUUGUCCUUGCUCCCUUGUCACUUAAACCAGCUGUUGAUGCCCUUGUCGCGUUCAUCUUAGCUAUCACAUGGACAAGCAUGUGACAUUGAUUGACAUGCAAUAAGGAAAUUAGUGGACGUGGCUGAAUGUCUCAGGGCUUCCAGUAUCUGUGUCGGGAGUGCUUAGCCAGCAACACGAACAUCUUGGGUGUCACAUUCUGGGCUUUUAUAUAUAUAAAACAAAUAAUUUCCAGGCUUUUGUUAAUCCACUGUUCGAUGAAGGCCUCACCACGCACUGACUAAUAUGUGCUCCAGCAACAUGAGCUUUAACCUGAGAUUAAACUAAGUAUAGGGAAUUGAUAUACCCUAAACUUUAUUAUAUAUUAGUUCGCCACUUAUUUACAACUAUCAUCACCUCUGUGCAGUGGGGAUGAAUGACUUGCUGCAUUUCCAUGACGAAUAUAAACAGAUCCAAGCCACGCCUGAAAUGUGUGCCUCAAGCACAAUUGUAUAAAAAGUAGUUUUAACGCAUACUGACGUUGGCUUCCAUUACCCAGAAGCUAACCACCGUUAUUUUGUAUAAAAAAAAGAAAUUUAUGGGCCCGAAGUUAACCUUAAUGGCGCUCGUCUCUUCUGAGUUGGCCCCCAUGACAUCGCGACUGUUCAAGAGGGUGGGCCUCGCUUAAAGCAAGCGGUGUUAGCCACCUUGGCCAAAGGGAGCCACACCACGCGGGCCCAGAGAAAAGUUGAACCGCAGAACUUGAGCACGCGCUCGUCACAAGGCUGCCGUGGGAAUCCGGACUACAAAGUAGUCGUGGGAACAAGUGGCACAAGUGGCACGAAGCCACACGUGAGGCGAACGAGUACAAGCGUAAGCAAUUUGUUUCUCAAGUUUAUUCAGUAAUUUAUUUUGCCCGUUUUGGUUUGGGGCCGGAGGGCACUGGUGUGCAAAGAAGUGGCGGUAAAGGUGGCCUUUGUAGCCGUCUUGCAUUAUAUUGCGUCAUUAAACAGUUACGGCUCAUUUUACACUUGUGUAUGAUUAUUAUACGAUGUAUAUUGUAUAUUAACACCGGUAAUAAUGGGAAUUAAGAUUUCCAUAUGUAUUUCAUGAAAUGAAUUGAGAUGGAUUUAAUGUAAUUUAUUUUUUUCCCAAUUUGUUAAACUGUAUUAUUACUGUAAUUGUAAUUACAAAAAAUGCACAAAAGUCAUAGGUGCUGAACCAUACGCGGGUUGCAUCAACAACUGUUAAGCAUAAGGCUGUCAUACCGGAUCUCAGUUAUGAUAGAUUUGCAAUGCAAAUGCCGAAGUCCAGCCUCAAGAGCGUUUGCUGCAUAUACAAAUACGUGAGGACACUAAAGUCCAUUCCUCAGAAGUACUGGCACCAUGGAACUUGAUGUGGUCUUUAAUUAAUAUGCCCUGUCCUGAAGGUCAAUGACACCAAACCACCCGUUCUGGGCCUGACCUAAAGUUGAGCCCUGCUUUGGCCAUCCUCACAUCCCUUCAGUAACCUGGCCAUUUAGUGUUCAUGGCUCAUGGUUUAAAAUUCUUGAGAGAAAUAUAAAUGAUAGGGAAUUCAAGAAAGAUCACUUUUUAAAAAACAAAUAUUUACAUUAAAACUGCAUUAUAUGAGAGUGGUUCAAGGAUAACCUGAACUUUGAGAUGUGUAGAAUUAAACCUAAGUGAAUUAUUCGUACUGUUUUUCAACGUAUUUCCCUGCUACACAUGCAAUUGACCCAUAGGUGUUGUGACACCUUAUUGCCGGUAGCGUAUAGAGUUUUUUACAAGUACGCAGACAUUGCAAGACAUGUGCUUUCAUAUCCUCAUCACGUUGUAUUUACUCAUUUCCACUUUUAAACCUAAUGCACCUAACACACCUAUGCAUGAGACACGCAUAGCAAAAAUUUACAUCUGACCUCGUGUAAAUUUCAACUACUGACACUUCCCUUCACCAAAAAUGUCAUAACAAUGCUGCCCCACAACACGUGACAAGACUUUUAUUCCGCCAUCUUGGAAAAUACCCCGACUGCUUUGCACAGCCGAGAUGUCAUUUCACACUGGAGUUGCCAAAUGUUGCCAUUCCAACCCCACAAUCUUCCAACAGUGAUCUAUCAUUCUAUUCCCAUUAUCUAGAACAAAAAGUACAGGUUAACCUUGAAACGCCCUUGUAGAUAAAAGCCAGUGAGGGAGAGUUGGUAAUUUGUUGAAAGGAAAUAACAUGUACUGCACCAUCGUCCUGCCCCUUCAAGUUUGUUUCCAUUUGCAUUUGUUUAAACCACGCGACCCUGGACCGGUUUUUACUUCACUCAUUAGUAAUGCACACGCAUUUAUUCACAAAUGUUUAGCCUUGGGUAACUGGACAAUGCCACUGUGGGGGUAACAAUCUCAGUGCAUCUUUGGGCUUCAGUUUUUGGUUACACUGUAUUAAAGUUCUUUUUUAUUCGUGCAUUGACAAUGGCGUCCAUAACGGCAUUUACUUAAGAGAUAUGUGGCUCUGUGCGAAGAUUCUCCAGAAAAUAGUUUGAUGUUUGAUGCAUUUUAAAUGUUCAUUAACUUUUUUGGCAAUGGAGAUACAUGUAUUUGUUUUCUGUAACAAGGAGAAUGUCGCAUACCAUUUAUUAUUGUUUUACCCAGUACAGCACUGACGGAAACAAAGAGAGACCGAAUACUGUGACUUCAUUUUUUUCUCCAUUUUUUUGUGUGAAAUCCUCUGCAUUAGAUGAAUAAACAAAUACCGUUUCAUGUAAACCAAUAAAUCCGUUGUUGAAGGCCUUUUUGGAACGCUCAAUUCACAUUGAUUCGUGUAUUUGCUUACUGUGUAAGAAUUAUAUUAUCGUUAAUAAAUAAGCAUCAUUUUUAAGGGUAGCUGAAGUAGCUGUCCUGGGUCAUCGAUUUAUUUUAAGGACGUUAAUAGUCCCAGCUUUGACAGUUACAUGAUAAUAAUAGACCGUUAAAAAAAGCAUUUAUUUGCAUGUUUUCCCUAUCGGUGUUGUAGAUCUUCGUCUUCCCAUAAAUGUCCUGUUUUUUGUUGUUGUUCCAAACAGGUUCCGAUACUCCAUUUGUCUUUUGUGUAAUAUCACUGCAGUUUUGUCAUUGCCCAAGCAGGAUAAGCAAGUGCUAAUCCUGCUUUUGCCUCGGGUGUAGUCAGUCAGUUGAUGGUGUAAUGCUCAUUGAGUUAAAUGAAAAUCCAGGCAACAGUUACUGCUGAUAACUUGUAAACAUUUAUUGGAGCAUUUCUGUUUAUUUUACUGUAUCGUAUUGCACUAUUGUUUAUUACUAUUUUAGUUGCGUGGUUUAGGUAUCACUCAUCCUGAUGAUAAACAGAUAAUUUUCGUAAUGUCCAGUUCAGUUAAGUUCAUGCCAUACGUGAUUACACAGUUAUGCUUUUGUUGACAGCAGCAGAAUGUAAUCCAGCAAGGGUGAUCUACCUGACCUUAUCUUAGAAAACACACUUAAAACGUCUCACAUUGUGCUUCAACAGAUGAAAUCUGGUGUAAAAGUACUUAUGUUGGAAUAACCAUUAAACCAGUUUCUAUUGCUGUUGUCUUAUUGUUAAAAAAUUAUAUUAAUUCCUGGAAUCUAAACAAGCAUAUUUAAGCAGAAGUAGUAGACUUUAUUUUACCCGGUAUGAGCUCAAUGAGACAAGUCCCUCUUGUAAAGGAAACCAUGUAUACAUACAAAAAGAUAAAUAGAAAA